UUCUGGAAAACAAACAAUCUACAGUCUGCUUCUUAUCAUCAUGAGCAACUAAAAGAGGAGCUUGGAAUCUGAAAAUAUGACUUAGCUGUGAAAUCUUUGAAAAUAUGGAUACAGUUCUCGGUUGGUCUUACAGUUGAGCAAAACCAUCACUGGUGUGAGACAGUCAAGCUCUGAUAUUUUCCAACCCCUCUCCCAAAUCAACACAAGCCCAUAUCGCAACCCAUGGAGGGUCCUGUUCUGACAGAAUGUGAAGUUUGGAAAGUUGGUUCAGGGACCAACUCAAGUUUAAACACUGAUGACAGACGUACAGACUGUUCACCCCUCAUGAGUGACAUAGUUAGUGAUAAAAACCUGACAAAAGCAUCUGGAAACCCUGGGAUCAUGGUUCAAGAGGAUAUAAGCAGCACCGUCCAGGAGCAGUCCGAACCAGAGGUUACACCAGAUCAGAUUAAGACAGUAAUUUCACAUGAGCUACGAUUAGAAGAGGAUUUAUCCUCCACUCAAACAGCAGUCAAGAGCGAUGAACCACUGGAACCAACGUCGCAACAAGAGAAUUGUGCUAACCAAGGAGAAAAACCUGCAGCUAAGACUGACCAACAAGACCUCAAGCUGGAGAUUAACCAGGAAAUCACCAUACUGGUAACCAAUCAUGACUCUACUUUGGAAUCCGAGGAAGAUGAAGAUUUUGUGGAACAGAAGACUUCCAGCUCCCCUACUGAAUUUAAGACAUCAAUUGAGGGAGGAGGACAAACUGAGGAUGAGAGUCUGGAUGGUUCCAUCAUACUGGUGAAUAUGAUUGAGGUCAGCCAAGUCCAGAAGACUAGUAUUAGUCUUAGUAACAGUAAUGUUGAUGAGACAAAUUUUCCAGGAGGUCAGGGACAAGAGGAGAAUAAUAACUGUAAGAGUGAGAGCAGCAAUGGGAUAAACAUGGAACAAACUCAGCAGGAAAACAAGCAAAGCACAGGCUCAAGUCCCCCACCAAACACAGACUCAAGCAGCACACAAGCUAACACAAAUGCUGAACCGAGGACUUCUGUAAAUGUGAGUGUUGCUGGUCUGAAUAGUCAGCCUACGCAGUCUGAGGCAGUAGAGGUCAACACAAGAUUGAAGAAAACGGAAUCUUCAGAAUCCAGGGAUGCUGGACUGCUUUCACAAGAGGCGGCCUUGAGUCGCUCGCCUGGACGCCAAGAGCACGUGCAAACCCAGGUUAGUCUGGAGGUUAUGUAUCAGUCCGUGGCCACUAGCCCAAUGACCCCUCCUGUGGGUUCUGCUGUGUUCCUUUUUCCCUCUUCGUUCGGGAAACUGGCCAAGAAGUGCAGUACAUACAGACCACAGACCAUAGAGACAAAAGAUGCUGAGUUGCAGGUGGGCUUGAAGGUGGAAUUUCGUUCAGUUGCCACAGCUCCUAUGAGCCCAAUCAUUCUGACUGCACCUGAGGUGAUCCCAGAGCCAGAGCCACGACCAGGGGUGGCCCUAGAUGAAGUGCCAGAACCUGUGCAGGAACUGAGCUGGGAUGAAAAGGGGAUGACUUGGGAGGUGUAUGGUGCAGUGGUUGAGGGGGCAGUGUUGGGUACAGCCAUCCAGAAACACCUGGAGAAACAAGUGAAAAAACAGAAGAAUCAACCUUCAGACUUGCCAACUCCGACAGAUGCUCCACACAUGGACCCAACAGAAACACCUGUGCCGCCGCCUUCUAGUCCUCCCCCUACAUCAGAACCCAACGAAACAAGCCCAGCAAAAGAACAGAGCAAUAAUAAAGAGGUCAAGAAAGGUCCAAGGGGCAGGCGUCAACAGAAUUUUGUUCAACAGUGGUUUAGGAAUGUCCGGCGGCCAAGCUGUUGCUCCAGACCCCGUCAAGAUGAGGAAAACUAAGGAACACAUGACACACAUUCAAAAGGCUCAGUCACAUUCACCCUCGCACAGUGAAAUUCUGCAGAAGAAAUAGUGUCAAGGGGAUUCUGCACAAUCAGGAAUUUCACCUGAUAGACUUUCAGUGGCAAAUAAAUUUUUCAAUGCAUAUUUUGUGUGUGGUUCAAAUUUGGUGGACUUUGGCAAGCAAAUUUGCAAUAUUGAACAAUAGAAAGUUGCUAAUGAGCUCUAUGGUCAGUCCUCUUAUAAAGCAAAUUCAGGUUUCACAAGCACUUCUCCUUCGCAAAUGCCUUCUUCGCCAAUGAUAUUUCGCCAUGCAAGGCUGAAUAUGACCAAACCAUGAUGAUGGCCCUAAUCAGACAGUCUUUCCCAGAUUUGGCUUCAGUGAUGGCCCAUUGCAUGGUUGGGUUUUGUUCAAUGAUAAGGCCCUUUAACAUUCCAAACUAGGAGUUUUUUUCUUUACAGAGCACUUUAAGGCCUCUGUAAUGACUCAAAUGGACAUUGCACCACAGAAAGCUCUCCAUAUGGAUAAUGAUGAUCACCCAUAUUUAUCAUUUUAGUUAGGUUUGGUUUCAAACACUUAGAACAAAUACAGUAUAGAUAUUUUGAUUUCUGCUUGCUUUUUUUAAAAGCAAGCAGAAGGUUAUUUUGAAAUGGCAAUAACCAGCUUUGUUGCUUUGAGUGUUUUUCUCCUCUCUUCUGUCAAGAUGUUACACAGAUGUUAUG